AUGAAACUCUUACUGACAGUUAUAGCUGUUUGCUGUGUAACCAUCGUCCAGCCCCUAACACGUCAAGUCGGUGGGAAGGACGUGUCAGUUCGGCAGUACCCAUUUAUGGCCGCCAUUGCAUACGCACGCCAACUCAUAGGAAACGGUGCCAUCAUUACGCCAAAAUGGAUAUUAACCUCGGCCAGUGCCGUCUAUCUAUCCCCGCCCAGUGAAUACAACAUUGUGCUGGGUGCGACCGAUUUCUAUGGCCAUGCCAAGUGGUUUGAAGUGUGGAACAUCUUCAAACAUCCGGAGUUUGUUGGAUGGGAUAAUAACAUCGCCAUGGUGCUGAUACGUGGUCAUGUACAGUACAGUGACACCAUACAACCAAUCGACAUCGGCAUGCUCUGGCCGGAAACUAUCGAAGUGACGAUGUUGUCGUACGGCAGGAAUGAAGACGAUACGACGCAUCUGCGCGGUGCAACGUACACCCUGAUCUCGGACAACAUCGAAUGUGUUAGUCUGCUGAAGGAGUAUAUGGCGAAGGAAAUAAUAUGGCAACAGCAUGGUUUCUGUUUGAUACCUCCACCCGGUACCCAGCAGGGACAAUGGUUCAACGAUGCAGGUGCACCAAUAGUGGCACACGGUAAGCUGUACGCCGUGUUUGCCUUUACUGAGCAUGAGGGGGGAGUUAAUGAGGGAUCGGUCGCUAUGCGAGUGGCCAGCUAUCUGGGUUUUAUUCAAUCGGUCAUGUUUCGGAAUAUUUCAGGCUUAAUAAAUAAUUAG